ACCAGUCAAACUUUGGAUACCGACAGAGAAGAGCGAAAGACGAACAGGGAACUAACCGACCGCAGUUAUUUGAACACGCUUUUUUGGAUAUUUUAGUGCUGGAUAGAUUCGGCUUCUCCACAUUUGACAGGAUGAUGUUUACCAACCUAAGCGCCGACUGUGACGCGUCUUCUCGGUGCAGCACGGCGUCACCGAGCAGCGAUAGUCUCGGGUAUUACCCCGUCAGCCAAACUCAGGAGUUCACAGAUCUGAGCGUCUCGAGUGCUUCUUUCGUUCCAACCGUCACGGCGAUCUCUUCAUGCCCGGACCUGCAGUGGAUGGUUCAGCCCAUGGUUUCAUCUGUGGCGCCAUCCAACGGCGAGACUCGGUCCUACAUCUCGAGCCCUUUCUCCAAAAUGAGGGCCAAUGGAACCAAAACCCUAGGUUCAAACAAGAGAGCCAGAUCUGAACAGGUUUCACCUGAAGAGGAAGAAAAGAAAAGAGUCCGCCGUGAAAGAAACAAGAUGGCUGCAGCAAAAUGCCGCAACCGAAGGAGAGAACUCACUGAUACUCUGCAGGCUGAAACUGACGUACUUGAGGAUGAGAAAUCCGCCAUUCAAAAUGACAUUGCUAAGCUGCUCAAAGAAAAGGAGAGGCUGGAGUUCAUCCUCGCUGCGCACAAACCCAUCUGCAAGAUCCCCUCAGAGAUGGCCGUCAGCUUUCCAGUUCAGUCCAAAUCGGUCCCGAAGAUUCACAGCGUCACUACCUCAGGAGUGUCAACGCCAAACAAACCGGUCACAACCUCUUCCAGUACCUCGCUGUUUUCCAGCACACCCUGCACCGACAGCUUCAACUCCACGGUGAGGAUCUCUGACCUGGAGCCCCUCCUUGGCGAGUCUCUGGAGCUCUUUGCCAAAGCAGACCUCGAGACCGCUCGCUCUGUGCCUGAUGUGGACCUGUCCAGUUCUCUGUACGCUCAAGACUGGGAGCCACUCUACACGUCGGCUAAUAACGACAUGGAGCCCCUUUGCACACCUGUGGUCACCUGCACCCCCGCCUGCAAUACCUACACAUCUUCCUUUAUGUUCACCUACCCAGAAAAUGACGUCUUCCCCACCUGCGGGCCGGUUCAUCGAAGGGGCAGCAGCAGCAACGAGCACUCGUCUGAUUCCCUGAAUUCCCCAACCCUCCUCACUCUUUGAGAGUCCACUAUAGACCAAGAACAUUCAAUUUCUGACAAUUUGAUAUAAAAUGGCAACGCAAGGCUAUGGAACUGACUCUAUCAAGCAAUCAUCAUUGCUUCCUAUAUUUAUCGAAACCAUACAUGCCUGCCAAAUGUAGCAAGAUAAGCAUGGAUAAACUAAUUUCAAAUUAACGAUUUGUUAAGUUAAACUAAUAAUCGAGUAUUGAGUUUAUUGGUGCUAGAUUAAAUAGUUGUAUUAGUGUACCGAGCAAUAGAGAAUUAACUUGUUUUUCCUCUACGGUUGAUUUUUAGAAUGUUUGAAUCGUGUGAACUUUAUUAAUUUAAAUGUGUGCUGCCUCACCAUUGCAUUAAAUGGUCUCUAAUGUCUAAAGUAUGAAGUUUUCUGUGAAAACGUAGUCUUUUUAAUUUCUGGGAUUUUUAUUUUUGUACUGAAAUGUGUGAACGUGAGAAUCGUUUGCAAAACUAGACAAUAAAUAUUAAAUGUACUAUA